GGCAAGCUCCUGGAGCCUUCGCUUAAAACAGCCCAUUUAGCCCGGCCGAAGCGCUGAAGUAUCCUAUGCAAUACAACAAGAGUUAAGAGUGCUUUUGCGCUGACUAUGGCGCCCUGAGAGCGACACCCCGAUGCGAGCACGCGCGAGCAUGCUCGCGGCCCAAACUGUGGGCCGUGGCGCUGAGAGCCGCGCCAGUCACGGAAGAGCAGCUAGAUGCGCAUCCUAGUGGCAGCACAUAAAGCCCAGCAAGCGACCCUGGCAUUGUUCUGGGGCUCCAGCCUCGGGGCCGGUCGCGGUUGAGUUUAAGCCAUCUUGCAAAGGAGCUGCUGGCUCUUCCCUGUUGACCAGCAGGAGUAGUCUGCUUUCGUUUCUCCGUCAGUGCGAGGUGGUCAUUUGAUGGCUAAGUAAGGCGGCCGGCUUUAAGCCGAGUUCCAGGCCGAGUUCGCGCAGCUUUGACCGCAGUUGCUCGCCAGAGUAUUUUGAAUGUAUGGCGUUGCCGAUAUCAUGCAAGUGAAUCUUUGGAGUAUUUCAGUGUCUGUGUGUGUGGCUUGGUGCUCGAGGAUGCAUGGGAACGUCCUCUCAGAAUCUAACCGAAGGGUUUGAGCACGAAUUAUGAACACAGUUAUAAUAGCCAUCCCAGUAUUUGCAGAUGUAUGUACAUGUACCUGUAGGCGUCAAUACCUGGUUGACCCGGUGCAAGCCCGCUCCUGCCCGGCAGAAUGGAUGUCCUACCAGUAACGACAAGCAAAUGAGCAGAAAAAAUUAAGAAUGGAGCAGAACAGCGAUGACAGUGAUGCUGACACAGUUGGGACAGAUGCUAGUGACUGGAGCGGCGGUGACAGGGACCCGGAGGUUGACGGCAUUAGACAAGAGCUGCAAACUCAGAUUCCAGGCGCUAAGUUGGAUCAAGCAGAAGGCCAGUUCCUCGCCGCACGUCAUCUUGCCAGCGAUAUCUCGCAGGAGCUUAACGCGACAGCGGGUACGGGCGCGCUUGGCGCGAGGCUCGGCGCCAAAAUCAAGCUCCUCUUCCAGCUGACUGGUGCGCGUGCUGGUGAUGCCAGCGGCGGUGCCGAGCCCCCCUCGCCGCGCUCCCUGCACUCAUUGGGCUCACCAACUCGCGGCAUCCGCGUGGGCGGUCGCCGGCGGGCGGACGGCACCUCGCGCACUCUCAGGGGGAAGGCUCGCCGCGUGACAGUCCGCCAAAUUAAGCUGAUGAUGAAGCGGAUGGGCCGGGCGGUGGUGGCUCACUUGAACAGCGGGCGGGGCAACCUCGCCAUGUGCAACUUUGCUGUAGACCAGACGGGUGUCGCCCACAAGACAGCCGCGGAGCCACAGGAGCUCCAAGAGUUCCUCAGCACCACAACGCUGGCGGCCCUCGUGGCCAUGCUAGGCCCUGACUGCACGUUGGAGCAGGCGAUGAUCGCUGUGAUGCAGCGAGCACUUAAUUACCGGAUUACGGAGGACGUGCCGGAGCUCUCUCCUGGCAACAGGACGUUGGGACUCAAGGCGUUGAUGGCGCAGAGCCAAUUCACCGUACCGAUGCUGCGCUCCACCGCCAAGUCACUCAUCGCAAUCACCAAGCGUGGGCUCAGGGUGCUGCUGGUCGUCGGACCCAAGGCGCCCGCAGCGGCGCCCGCACCUCCUGGUCCGCAACACGCUGCGGGGACCGCCGGCGCCCCUGCCGACGGCGGCACCACAGCCCCUACGGCCGCCACCACCGCACCUGGCGCGUCCACAGGAGGCGGCGGCGGCGCGGGGCCUAGCGCCGCCUCGGCAGCAGCUGCAGCGGGCGUAGACGGCGCCGACGCUGGUGGGACCGGAGGUGGCGUGCAGCAGGCAGCAGCAGCGGCUGUCAGGGAUGGCAGCGGGGGUGGUGGAGUUCAGGCUGGGCCAGACGGAGACGGCACAGCGUUGCCACCGGCGCCCGCAGCGGCGCCCGCACCUCCUGGUCCGCAACACGCUGCGGGGACCGCCGGCGCCCCUGCCGACGGCGGCACCACAGCCCCUACGGCCGCCACCACCGCACCUGGCGCGUCCACAGGAGGCGGCGGCGGCGCGGGGCCUAGCGCCGCCUCGGCAGCAGCUGCAGCGGGCGUAGACGGCGCCGACGCUGGUGGGACCGGAGGUGGCGUGCAGCAGGCAGCAGCAGCGGCUGUCAGGGAUGGCAGCGGGGGUGGUGGAGUUCAGGCUGGGCCAGACGGAGACGGCACAGCGUUGCCACCGGCUAACGUGGGCAUCCUUCUCAAGUGCAACCCCUCAACCUGGAACAAGACUAAAUGCCAGGACGCGUGCUGCGAGCUUGUUGAGUACAUCGGCGCCAACUCAUUCCUCAAGCGGCUCGUGUACGACGUGCUGCCGUCGGAAGCUUCAGAGGCCAAGUGCUGGGAGCAGAAGUCGGACAUCCUCAAGACUAUGCGGGGGCUGUUUAAGGCUCCCGGCCACGUGGCAGGAGAAGACGAGGACGGUGACGAGGAGGCCGACCACGAUCCGGCCAGUGCAACUGGUGAACCGGCGGCGGGCGCUGGCAUUGCUGCGGGCGCCUCCCGGCGCCUCCCGGUAAGGUGCACAGACGCCGACGCGCUGCCACAGCCGGUGGGCAGUCCCCUGGCGCCGCAGGAGUUGCCGACGCGGUGGCAGGCGCUGCGGACACUGGGGGCUUGCAGGCGCCUCCCGGUAAGGUGCAGAGACGCCGACGCGCUGCCACAGCCGGUGGGCAGUCCCCUGGCGCCGCAGGAGGUGCCGACGCGGUGGCAGGUGCUGCGGACACUGGGGGCUUGCAGGCGCCUCUCGGUAAGGUGCAGAGACGCCGACGCGCUGCCACAGCCGGUAGGCAGUCCCCUGGCGCCGCAGGAGGUGCCGACGCGGCGGCGGGCGCUGGCAUUGCUGCGGGCGAGGCUGAGGACGCUGGGGGCUUGCAGACUCCUGCCGCCAGUGCUAGCGGUGCAGACCGCGGAUUUGGGAUUCCUAGCACAGCGGCCCUAGCCGCAGAUGCCGGAGCAGCCGCAGCGCCCAGUGCACAGCUGCGGCAUGGGCUGGGUAGUCCCAGCCUGAAGCGGCACCGCUUUUAUUGGCCAUCGCAAUGAUGAUGACAUACAAAAGCAGACUACUCCUGCUGGUCAACAGGGAAGAGCCAGCAGCUCCUUGCAAAAUGGCUCAGGCUCAUCGGCGACCAGCCCCAAGGCUGGAGCCCCAGAACAAUGCCAGGGUCUCUUGCUGGGCUUUAUGUGCUGCCACUAGGAUGCGCAUCUAGCUGCUCUUCCGUGACUGGCGCGGCAUACUACGAGCUGCGAGCAUGCUCGCGCGUGCUCGCGUCCGGGUGUCGCUCUCAGGGCGCCAUAGUCAGCGUACAAGCACUCUUAACUCUUGUUGUAUUGCAUAGGAUACUUCAGCGCUUCGGCCGGGCUAAAUGGCAGCGAGCAGCGCCAUGGCCCACAGUUUGGGCCGCGAGCAUGCUCGCGCGUGCUCGGGUCGGGGUGUCGCGCUCAGGGCGCUGUAGCCAGCGUGGGGGCAUCUACAAUCCAUAAAAUACUUCGUGCAGCGCAUUAGCAAUGCAGGAUACAAUUCAAACCGCGUGUCAGCGCGCUUAGAAGCACGUGUUAUGCCCGCGUGCAUGCCAAUUCAAGGGUGGGGACACCUGCCUUGCCUACUAUUAAACC